AUGCCAGAGUGGGAUUUGAUUGCGUGGAAUGGAAUGCUUGCCGCAUAUGCCACAGCUAGGCAUUUGGCUGCUACCAAAUCCCAUUUCGAUUCCAUGCCCGAGAGGAGCCUCGUCUCCUUUAACACAAUGCUCUCGGCAUUCUUGGUGGCAGGGGAAAUGGAGGGAGAAGAGGCGAUCAAAGUGGCAGAGCUCUUCUUCGCCCAGAUGCCCAACCGCGACCUCGUCUCUUGCAAUGCGAUGCUGAACGCGUAUGCCAAGAGAGGGCAUCUGUGCCGCGCACGUAUCCUCUUCGCCGCCAUGCCAGAGCACGACGCCAUCACGAUCACCACCAUGAUCCACACGCUCGCUCGGGGCUCGGGAGAUUUGGAAUCGGCGCGGUUUUUCUUUGAUUCUACCCCCGUUCGGGACGAGCUGUGUUGGAACGCGAUGAUCACCGCGUAUGCCCAGCGCGGGCAUACCGUCGAAGCGAGAAAGCUAUUUGAUUCCAUGCCCGCCAAGAUCGAUUCUUCCUGGAAUUCGAUGCUCUCGGCUUACAUCCAAGCUUCAGAUCUGGCGAGCGCCGAGGAUUUCUUCUUUCAUGCCAUGGCCGAGUGGAAUCUCAUCGCCUGCACAGCGAUGAUCGCAGCAGAGAAACUUCGUUGCGUGGAGUGUCAUGGCUUCUACGUUUGCUCGCAAAGAAUGCCAUCGCCACCUUUCGAGAAAGACGAGCGAAUUCUUAGUUUUGGCUGA